CGUGGCUUCCGCUCCGGGCGCCUGAAGGAGACUCGGAGACACCUGGGUCGCUCUGCUUGCGUCGCUGGCCCUGCCACUACCCUCAGUCCAUGAGGAAGAUGCUCGCCGCCGUCUCCCGCGUGCUGUCGGGCGCUGCCCAGAAGCCGGCAAGCAGAGUGCUGGUGGCAUCCCGUAAUUUUGCAAAUGAUGCUACAUUUGAAAUUAAGAAGUGUGACCUUCACAAGCUGGAAGAAGGCCCUCCUGUCACCACAGUGCUCACCAGGGAGGAUGGGCUCAGAUACUACAGGAUGAUGCAGACUGUCCGCCGAAUGGAGUUAAAGGCAGAUCAGCUGUAUAAACAGAAAAUUAUUCGUGGUUUCUGUCACUUGUGUGAUGGUCAGGAAGCUUGUUGUGUGGGCAUGGAAGCUGGCAUAAAUCCCACAGACCAUCUGAUCACAGCCUAUCGGGCUCAUGGCUUUACCUUUACUCGUGGGCUUUCUGUACGAGAAAUUCUCGCAGAGCUUACAGGACGAAGAGGAGGCUGUGCUAAAGGAAAAGGAGGAUCAAUGCAUAUGUAUGCCAAGAAUUUCUACGGGGGCAAUGGCAUCGUUGGAGCUCAGGUGCCCCUGGGAGCUGGGAUUGCUCUGGCCUGUAAGUAUAAUGGAAAAGAUGAGGUCUGUUUGACUUUGUAUGGCGAUGGCGCUGCUAACCAGGGUCAGAUAUUUGAAGCUUACAAUAUGGCAGCUUUGUGGAAAUUACCUUGUAUUUUCAUCUGUGAAAAUAACCGCUAUGGCAUGGGAACGUCUGUUGAGAGAGCAGCAGCCAGCACUGAUUACUACAAGAGAGGCGACUUCAUUCCUGGGCUGAGGGUAGAUGGAAUGGAUGUCCUAUGUGUCCGGGAGGCAACAAAGUUUGCAGCUGCCCAUUGUAGGGCUGGAAAGGGGCCUAUACUAAUGGAGCUGCAGACUUACCGUUACCAUGGACACAGCAUGAGUGAUCCUGGAGUCAGUUAUCGUACACGAGAGGAAAUUCAGGAAGUAAGAAGUAAGAGUGACCCUAUCAUGCUUCUCAAGGAUAGAAUGGUGAACAGCAAUCUUGCCAGUGUUGAAGAAUUAAAGGAAAUUGAUGUCGAAGUGAGGAAAGAAAUUGAGGAUGCUGCCCAGUUUGCUACAGCUGAUCCUGAACCACCUUUGGAAGAACUAGGCUAUCACAUCUACUCCAACGAGCCACCUUUUGAAGUUCGGGGUGCAAAUCAGUGGAUCAAAUUUAAGUCCAUCAGUUAAUGGGAGACUGCAUGUAAUGGAUGGUUACAUCUUCAGUGGGCUAUUUGACAGCAACUAUAAGGAAUUCUUGUUGUUCUCACCCAUAGAAUGUAUGUAGAUUAAGGUAGUAAUUGCAUGCGGUUUAUACAGUAUUGCAUUAAAGGUUAUGUUAGAUUUAUAUAGGUCUAAAUAGGUAACAGACUUUGCUUAAGCUUCCUUCAGAUUAUUUCCUUAAAAAAGUCUAUUUGAUCUAGUUUGUACACUGUUUUAACAGGUACUUUUUAGUUAUUGAAAGGAAAAACAAUUCUUUGUAUGCCUGUCCAAUUCUGCCACCUUAUUUUUGGGGGGUAGGGGCUCAUUCCCCCAUCUGGCCCAACCCCACAGCUAACAACAACGUACAUUAAUGCACACACACGCCUAUAAGACAACAUUUAGUUGUCUAACCAGGCAGUGGGUAGAAGGACAGUUCCAUUUUUAAAUAGGACUACUUCACAAUCAUUUCAAAGGUCAAAUAACUUAAAGUGCAAUUAACCAGUUACUAUUAACUUAUAACCUAAAACUGAUUCCUAGCCUUUUUGUUAAACACCUAUUGUUUUUAUCUUUGCAGCAAGUGCUAUAUAGGAUGUGCUGAUUUUUUUCAUUGAAGUAACUUAAAAUUAAUUUUUAAGAAUUCCAUAAUACUCUGGACGUCAAAACUGUGGCUCACAAUCACUGUUCUCACAAUACAUACCGUUCUACUCACCUUUAAAAUGUUGAUAAACAGAGGCAUAAAACAUGAAAGCCAGUGAAAACAUUUUUUAUUAACUCUUUAGAACUUCAAGUUUUUAAAUUGUUUAUGGUGUUUUAUGUGUGUCUGUAUGAGAAACUUUAACAACAAAGAUGUCAGCUCCUUGCUCCCUCUCUGUCCUCUAACUCAUUAGAACUUCAACUUUUUAAAUUCUUCAUGGUGAUUUAUGUGUCUAUGAGAAACUUUAACAACAAAGAUAUCAGCUCCUUGCUCCCUCUCUGUUCUUUAACUCUUUAGGACUUCAAUUUUUUAAAUUAUUCAUGGUGUUUUAUGUGUAUCUGUAUGAGAAACUUAACAACAAAGAUGUGGGCUCAUUGCUGCCUCUGUCCCCUGGCUUUGCUGACUGGUUAACCCUCAUCUUGGGUCGCCGGGGCCCCCUGAGUCUGUCUUCUGUACUGGGAGACUUCACUCCAGAGCUUGCAGAGGAGCCCACCACUACGAAACAAAAAGAAGAGUCUUCUGUAGAGUCAAAAGAAAACUUCAAAGCAACACCACAGAAUACUUCUUUAGGAGCCCUUACAGCAAAAACUAUAGUAUAUAAUUCUAGGCUUGUCUAGAUUUCUUCUCUCGUUGUAAAAACUUAGUUAAAAUAGAAAUAUGUUCUUUUCACACAUGGAGGAGACAUUUGUGCCCCAGCAGGAGUGGGACAUUGUCUUAGAGGUAACUUAAAGAUAUGUUUUGGUGUAGCACGGAAUGGGGAGAGCGCUUAUUUCGCCUUCCUGCUUUUCCUACAUAGCCUUUGGCUUCUGCCAUCUCUUGGCUUUACUCCCAACUUGAACCUGGGAAAACUGCAGAGUUUAGAGUUUUCUAAGCCAUAGAAUAAGGAAUUAAGUUCAAUGAAGGGGGAAAGGUAGCAGCACUUUGUUUUCUACUGUAUUUAAAAGCAUAAUCAUAUGAAAAAAGUCGUUUUCUAUUGUACAGUGUUCUGAGGCUGUUCUUACCGUAGACCAAGGUAUCUGAGGUCUUCCUUCGUGAUGUCAUUAAGAAUAUCAGAAAGUUUGUAACCUUCUUUAACAAUCUGAAAUACAGAUCAAAUACAUAGGAAGUAAGCACCUUUGUGAUAAUAGCAUAGGAUUGUUUUUUGGGGGGUGUAAAUUUACCUUUUCAAUAGUAUCUGCAUCUGCUCCUUGCAUUUGCAACCAGUCUACAAGCUCUUGAUAUGUUCUCUGCUCAUAAGACGAUGCUGGGUUCUCUGUAGUAAUUAGAAGUUUGUUUUAUUGUAUAUUGAUGUGUAACAAUAAAACUUGAACAGUGACAAGGAAAUAAACU